AUGACUUUUGGUUGUUUCAGGCAGGCGUUGUUCUUACUGCAGCCGCGUCGAGUUCCAGGAUUUGCAUUCGCUUGGCUUGAUAUUAUUGGACAUCGGAAUUUCAUCGGUCGUCUUCUGAAAGAUAGCGCGGAUGUUAUGAAAACAUCAGCUAUGUACAUACAGUUGAUCGUUUGCCACUUGAAAUUCAUGGCACCAUUUUUACGGAACAUUCAGUUACCAAAGUCGAUCGCUACCAUGUACAGGGUAAUUCCUUCAACGGUUUUUAAUUUAAUAAGCUGGUAG